GAUAUGUGGUGAAUACUGUUACCGUCUGUGUUGUGGGUUCUGCUGAACUCAUGUGGGUAUGUGUACGACACAGGGUCAGUUCUCUUGCCGGUUUGUCGUCGCCUCUGUACGCCGAUGACAUCAUCGUUUGAACAUACUCUAUGAAGACGUUUGUACUCUUGAACUUAUCAUCCCCGGAUCAGAGGCGGAGUAUGGGUUCGAUGCAGUGUGGGAAAGCUCCUUUUAAGGAUGGGGUAAAUAGAGCAAUAUACAGGACAAGCUGUUUAGAUGUCCACCUUCUAAACAAGUGCUCUGCAGAGUGAGAGGGAAACAAAAAAAGUGUAUGUGUGUGUGUGUUUACCAGAAUGGAGUGGAUGAGAAAAUGAACCCAGAGAAAAGGGGUGGGGUGGGGCUGCUGACUAUAAGUGCAUCCUAUUGAUCUAUACAGUAUGUCCAUCCAUGCGCAGGCCCAGCCUAGUCUCAGGGGAUGUUGCAAGAGAAAAACAGACCGAGACAGAGCUCUGCUAAAGAAGCAUCUUCAACUAUUCUGAGGAACUGUUCUCCCCAUCUUGUACUUUCUCUGCUUACUCAGGGAAAAGGUUGUUUAUAUCUAUUUAUUUAUUUGAUUCGUCAGAGUUAUCCAGAGAGCUGCAAAGGUUUCAGGUUGAGUGUCCACCGAGAAGCCAACGGUUAUGAGUCAAGCAUUUGACUGCUCAAGUGGUCACACACUCUGUGGAAUGAAACGGCCAUCCUGUGUAGCCCAUCUUUACGAGAGGUCGUGGUGAGCGAACGCAUGUUCAGGUUAGUUAUGUGUUAUCAUCGUCUGCUCUUGGUGAGCGGCGCAGGGCUCCUUCUAACAAUCUCCAUCGGGCUGUGUGCCCCAACGGCUGACCAGUACUCUCGUGGAGUGGACUGGCUGAGUCGGUAUGGGUACCUGCCCCCUCCGGACCCCCGCACAGAGAGGCUCCAGACCAAGGAGGGCAUCCAGAAAGCUCUCCGCCAGAUGCAGAGGUUUGCUGGGCUAGAGGAGACCGGAACACUGGACCAUGCUACUCUUUCUUUGAUGAAGACCCCUCGCUGUUCCCUGCCUGACAUUGUCGGAACGGAAGACCUGAGGAAGAGAAGGAGGAAGAGGAAAAAGAGAUAUGCUUUGACCGGGCUGAGCUGGAAAAAGAAUGAUAUCACCUGGAGUGUGCUCAGCUACCCCUCCCCCUCCCGGUCCCCCUCCCUCCACCCCGAACUGGUGGAUCUCAUCCUCACCUAUGCCCUCCGUGUGUGGAGCAACCCCACCCCCCUCAACUUCCAACUUCUUCGCCCCUCCCGGGACCACCCCAACCAAGAGGGGGACUUCAGGGUGUCCUUUCCCAGCUCCUACCACGAGGACGGGUACCCCUUCGAUGGCAGAGGGGGCACCCUGGCUCACGCGUUCUUCCCCGGGACGGCGGACAUGGCGGGGGACACCCACUUUGACAAUGGGGAGAGCUGGAGUUACGGGUAUGGAGAUGACAUUGGCACCACUGAUCUCUUCACGGUAGCAGUGCAUGAGUUUGGCCACGCCCUGGGCCUCUCGCAUACCUCUUCCAAUCCCUCCAUCAUGAGGCCAUACUACCAGGGGACUGUGGGGGACAUCCAGAGCUACACACUACCUACAGAUGACAGGCUGGGAAUACAGGCUAUAUACGGAAAGAGAAGAAGGUCUGCCACGCAUCCCACUCCGGCCCCAACCACUCCCAACCUACCUUUCCUGCCCAGUCCUCCAUCCCCAAGACUAACACCACACCCAGACCCUGCUCUGCCAGAUCGCUGUGAGGGGAAAUAUGAUGCCAUUGCCAACAUCAGAGGAGAAGUCUUCUUCUUCAAGGGUGCUUUUUUCUGGCGUGCUCAGCAGUGGGGUUCUCUGGUGUCUUUCAUCCCAGCAUUGAUCCACAACUUCUGGGUUGGGCUCCCCCUAAGGCUGGACCGGAUCGACACAGUCUAUGAAAGGAGCGACGGACACAUCAUCUUCUUCAUUGGACCCCAGUACUGGAUGUUCAAAGACAGGGCCUCUUUGCCUGGGUACCCACGCUCCCUAGAGGAAUGGGGCAUGCAUACCAUGGAGGGUCGGCCACUGGAGAGGGUGGAGGCGGUGUUUGUGUGGGCACACAACGGGAAAACGUACGUGUUCAGCGGAGGGGAGUUCUGGAGAUUUGACGAAGGGGGGCAGGACAGGAAACUGGAGGGGGGGUACCCCAAAAUGGCCUCCCUCUGGACAGGGGUGCCUUCUGACCCAGAUGACAUCAUCAGCUGGGGAGACGGAGAUGCUUAUUUCUUCAAGGACACCUCCUACUGGGUGCUAAAGAGAGGGGGGUUGGACCAGGGAAGUAUCACUCCAAAAUCCACAGCGGUGGAUUGGAUGAAAUGUAAGGUUGGUGGACCAACUCCCACCCACUUACCCAAGAUGCCUCACCCUACAGGCAGAGACUGUGACCGGAGCAGAACUGUAACAAUACAAGCAUCUUAUUGGCUAAUCAUAGUGUCUGUUUCUGUUUUGUUGUUAUUUUCUGUUUCUGUAUGUUAGUAUUCACUGUUUUCAAUGUUUUUUUUCUCUGUCAACUACAAUGAUUACAAUGAUUUGGUGAAAAUGAAAUAGAUAAAAAGACAGACAGCAAGCAGGGUUCAGGAGUUGUGAUGAUUUCAGUGGACUAUAAGACAUUUACAGUGUAUUUAAGUAUGUCCAUCUGGUCAUUAGGUCUUGUGAUGUACUGUAUGUCACCUGAUAUGAUGUAUGUUAUCUGUACACCAAGUAUGCCCUGUCCUUUGUUGCAAAGACAAUUUCCAUAUGGGAUAUUCAAUUAUACUAUUCUAUCCUAUCCUGUGUAAUGCCAUGAUUGGUUCAAUUAUUAUUUAGUCGUUCUGAACUUAUCUUAGGGGCACAUUCAGUUGAUUGAAUGUUUUGCUACAUUUGCGAACAAGAACACAGAGAUGUUGGUAAAGAUAGAUGUCGAGAAAAAUUAUGUAAUUCAAAUCAACAUGUAUUUGUCAUAUGCACAGGAUACACAUGGUGUACAAUUAAAUGCCUUCUUGCAGGUUCACCUCUUAGAUUGUAUUAAAAAAUAAUAAUCAAGAAAUGUAAAAAGGCUGAGAUUUUUUUGGGCAUAAACAUAUGAACAAUAAGUCCCAAACACAAGAUGUGUUGUGACAAUACUGAAUGCAAAGUGUGUAAAUGUGCCCAUAUAGUUUCACAAACAUAUUUCAUGAUCCAAAAGCAAAUUAAUCAUCACUAACAAAAAACGAAUGAUUAGCAGUAAUGUCGCGGGUAACAUUAUAUAGAGCUCAGCAGUGUCAAUUCCCAUGAAGCUACAAAUGACUGACGGCAUGAGAUAAACAAUGCUAGAACCAUUACAUUCUAAACCGUCAACAUGUGAGCUAACAAUGGCUGAAACUUAAUAAUAGCCUAAAGCUAGCUAGAGAUUGGCGAAGCUAAAUUCAGUUAGCAUGAAGCUAGCGAACUGUGAAAUACUAUUUCCUUAAAAAUAAACACUUUCAACACAUUUUAAUGUAAUGUCGGAAGGGAUUCAGACCCCUUCACUUUUUCCAUAUUUUGUUAGGUUAGAGCCUUAUUCUAAAAUAGAUUCAAUGUUUUUUUUCUCUCUCAUCAAUCUACACACAAUACCCCAUAAUGUCUUUUUGUUGCUAAUAAAAUAAAAUAAAAAU